UAGCGGGCGGCCGGCACGGCGUUGCUGCCGCCAUUAACCCCUGCGCGCCCGGCGGCCUCGGGGGAGUGGUGCGGGGACCCUACGUGAGGAUGACCUCGGCUGCCGGUCCCUCCGCAUUACCGCCCGGCUCCGCUGCCCGCGCCCUGCAUGUGGAGCUGCCUUCGCAGCAGCGCCGGCUUCGUCAUCUUCGGAAUAUUGCUGCACGUAACAUUAUUAAUAAGAAUGGUUAUCGCCUCUUGGAUACGUAUUUCACUCUUCACUUGUGUGAUAAUGCCAAGAUCUACAAAGAAUUUUAUAGGAGUGAGGUGAUCAAGAAUUCUCUGAAUCCAACAUGGAGGAGUCUGGACUUUGGAAUAAUGCCUGAUCGUCUCGAUACCUCUGUCUCUUGUUUUGUUGUGAGGAUCUGGGGUGGCAAGAAGGAGCACUUUCAGCUUUUGAUUGAAUGGAAGGUCAAUCUAGAUGGGUUGAAAUACUUGGGCCAGCAGAUCCAUGCAAGAAACCCAAAUGAGAUUAUUUUUGGUCUCAAUGAUGGUUAUUAUGGAGCUUCAUUUGAACAGAAGGAUCACUCAGGUACCAUGAAGAACAGUCUUCUUCAGGUGGAUCAGAGCUGUGUUCGUAACUCUUACGAUGUCUUCUCUUUGCUUAGGCUUCACAGAGCUCAGUGUGCAAUUAAACAGACUCAGGUAACUGUUCAGAAAAUAGGAAGGGAGAUUGAAGAAAAGCUGAGAUGUACAUCUACAAGAAAUGAACUGAAGAAGGAGAGUGAAUGUUUACAGUUGAAGAUCCUGGUGCUACGUAAUGAAUUGGAGCGACAGAAGAAGGCCCUUGGUCAAGAAGUAGCCUUGUUGCAUAAGCAAAAAAGUACUUUGCUUGACAGAGAAAAUGCAUUUGGGACUGAAUACCAGAAACUUGAAGAGCAUAAUGAAUGUCUGUAUGAAUUAAGAAAGGAAUGCACUGCUAAGAGAGAACAGUUUUUGAAGACAAAUGCCCAGCAGACUAUUCGGUGCAAGCAGUUGCUGUCGGAGCUAUCCUACAUCUACCCUAUUGAUUUGAAUAACCAAAAGGAUUACUUCGUUUGUGGAGUCAAGCUUCCUAAUUCUGAAGACUUUCAAGCAAAAGAUGAUGGAAGCAUCGCUGUUGCCCUGGGCUAUACUGCUCACCUAGUUUCCAUGAUAUCCUUCUUCUUACAAGUGCCACUCAGGUAUCCUAUAAUUCACAAGGGCUCCCGGUCUACAAUCAAAGACAAUAUAAAUGACAAGCUGACAGAAAAAGAACGAGAAUUUCCUUUAUAUGCAAAAGGAGGGGAGAAGCUUCAGUUUGAAUAUGGAGUUUAUCUUCUCAACAAAAAUAUAGCACAGCUUAGAUACCAGUAUGGGCUGAGUACUCCAGAUCUAAGGCAAACUCUUCCUAACCUGAAAAACUUCAUGGAGCUUGGGCUAAUGGUUAGGUGUGAUCGACACCAUACAUCCAGUGCAAUUCCUGUUCCAAAGAGACAGAGCUCUAGCUUUGGCAGAUUGGAUAUUGGUUUUUCCAGUGGGCUUCCUUCUCCAGAUAAAGGACUCCGAAAACGAGCCAGCACAGGAAACGAGAGACUACAGUACAAAACUCCUCCUCCUAGUUACAACUCUGCUUUAACACAGCCUGUUGCUGUCACAGCCUGUGUUGGAGAGCUGGAUAAAAAACCUGGACCCAUAAGUUCUUCCUUGGACACCUCUAUGGACUCCUCCAAAAGAAAUACCAAGAAAGGCCAGGACUCAUGCAGUAGUUUAAAUGGAGAAAAUGGAAGCCUAAACAAUACCCAAGAUGGGCAGGAAUCUUUCCUUGGACGUUCUAGUGCAAUAAAUGGGGCAUUUCUGCCUGGCGAGUGCUCUGGCACCACGAGCAAGGAGCAGCCCCGUGAGUUUCAGCCCACACUCAACCCCGUGCUUUGCUGCACUGUGGAGCAGGCAGAGGAGAUCAUGGGUAUGGAAGCGACAGGCUUCAGUGCAGGAGAUCAGCUUGAAGACUUUAACUCCAUCCCAGUGGAACAUGCUGUAGCAGUUGAGUGUGAUGAACAAGUCCUAGGGGAGUUUGAGGAGUUCUCUCGAAGGAUCUGUGCACUGAAUGAGAACAUGUCCAGCUUCCGCAGACCUCGCAAAAGUUCGGACAAGUGAGCUCGGACAGGGAUUUGAUAGCAGACAUUGAGGUGAAAUCAGUGAUCUGGAAUAGAAAUAAAAUUGCACUUAUUCUUUAUAUUAAUUAUGAAAGCAAAAAAGCUAAAGUUGUCCCUAUGGUGUUAGACAAAUGAACUUGAGCACAAUAACACAGGAUCAUGGUGUAUUCACAGCCCAGGUAAAUUUUCAUUCUGCUUUAAGUCCUUUUAUGUCUGAUAUUUAUAAUCUGUUAGAGGUUUUGUGGUUUUUUUUCCCUUGGGCAUUUGAAUCCAUUUAUAAAGGCUUUCCUGAAAACAACUUCUAGUGCUGAUCAGCCCCUUCUGUGAAUGUUUGGUAAGUUCUUAAUUAUUAUUUAAAUUUAUUUUAAUAUUUUCAGAAGAAAAACCCCUUUAAUUUAAAAUACUUUUAUGGUAAGAUGUCUUUACAUUCUCCCAUGUACCCCUGUGUUUGCUUGAAUAAUGUAGUCAGUAUUGGAGAAAUACCAUGAAUUUGUUACAGUUCGACAACUUUAUUUUGGCUGUCCUCUGUAGCCUUUGAAGUUCUAGUUUGCACUGAGGAGUCUUCAGCUGGCAGUGUGAACUUGCCAGAGAAUGAGCACCUGUAAGAUUUUUGAAGUUUCCUUGCACCUGGUUAAUAAGAAAUGACAUUUGGGGUUUUUUCCACUCCUCCAUACUUGCUCUUCCUACUAGUGGAAACCUUGAGGUAGACACCUCUAAGGUUCUGCAUAAUAAUUUCAGCCUGACCAUUCCCCUACUUAGGUUGGGCACAGAUCUCAUUAGUUGAGACUUAAUGAACACAGUACCAUCGUGGGGUUCAGCUGCUGCCCUCCAGGGUGUGCAGUGGGGACAGUGUGCCCAGAGACACUUCAGACAUCUUCCAAAAAACCCAGUCUGGGAAUGAAGCACUUUGGCAUUAGGUGAAUGUGUGGAAUUGCUCCACCCUCUGUAAAAAGGAGGCACUUAACAUUAUUCAUCUGAAUUAAUAGGGGUUUUUUUAAACCAUCUGUAUUUUGAGGGAAGAAGCUUCCGGUGGUUUGCUGGAGCUGCAGUUUGCUGUUGGGUAGGUUACCACAUGUGUUCAGUUGCACUAAUGGGAAAGCAAUUUGCAGCCUGCUUUGUGAUUCCUGGUAUGUGUUUCAGUUUGGAUUUCAUUGCUCUUGCUUUCAUAUUGUAUACCCAAGAAUCUGGGCUCAGUUGUGAGCUCUGAAAUAUAAAGGUAUAUAGCAGAAUAAAAAUACUUCAUCAUGCCUGGCUUAUUUUUCUCUCCCUGGUUUAUGUUUUCUUUUGAACCCACAACAUAGUCUUUUCCUAACUUCACUCUAAGGCUAGCUGAAAUUAA